AUGGACGAACCAACAGGUUCUCCGCUCUUCGAGAAGCGGGAAGAAAUCGACAAAGAAUUCGAGGACCACGAGCUGAAACAGAAACGGAAGAAAAACGACGCCCACGUCGAGAACGCUUCCGACUUCGAUCAGACAAGUCGUGAAGAUGCGCCCAAAAUCGAGAAGGCCGGCAAGCGCGAGCUCACGGAAGAUGAAUGCUAUGAUAAAUUAGGCUUCUGUUUUCCAACGUGGAAGAAAUGGACGAUUUUAAGCGUUAUUUUCGUCGUGCAAAUGUCGAUGAACUUCAACAGCGGCGUCUACGCCAACGCCGUCACCGGAAUGACCGAGGAAUUCCAUAUCAGUGAACAAGCCGCUCGAGUAGGCCAAUGUGUCUUCCUCGUCGCCUAUGCGUUCGGAUGUGAGCUGUGGGCUCCCUGGUCUGAGGAGUUUGGCCGCUGGCCCAUCAUGCAGCUCUCCUUGUUCUUCGUGAAUGUCUGGCAGAUUCCCUGCGCUCUCGCUCCAAACCUCGGCACCAUCAUCGUAUGCCGUAUCCUCGGUGGUCUAUCUUCAGCCGGUGGCUCCGUGACCCUAGGAAUGACUGCAGAUAUGUGGGAAGCAGACGAUCAAGGUUACGCCGUUGCCUUUGUCGUCCUGUCGUCCGUCGGUGGCUCAACCAUCGGACCUUUCUUCGGCGGCAUCAUCGGCCAAUACCUCUCCUGGCCCUGGAUCUUCUGGAUACAAUUGAUCUUCGGGCCGCCACACAAACCCUCCACUUCUUCCUCAGAAGCCAAACGACGCCGCAAGAACGGCGAUGAAGUCUACGGCCCUAACGAACUCAAGACUCCCCGACUCGACUUCGCCGACGUGCUCCGCCUCUGGCGCCGUCCGUUUGAGAUGUUCCUUCGCGAACCCAUCGUCCUCUUCCUCUCUCUCCUUUCUGGAUUCUCAGAUGCCCUCAUCUUCGUCUUCACCGAAUCCUUCACCUUGGUCUUCGGGCAAUGGAACAUGUCCACCCUCGCAGUCGGCAUGACCUUUGGCUCAAUUCUCAUCGGCUACAUCAUCGCCUACAUCAUCUUCCUCCCAGAUAUCUACCGCCAAAUCAGUCUCCGCCGCAAACAAGGCGCAGCAUCCCGUCUCGCAGAACGCCGCCUCUUACUCCUCCUCUUUAUCGCGCCUCUUGAACCAAUUGGUCUCUUGGGCUUCGCCUGGACAUCAAUGGGUCCGCCCAUUCCAUGGAUUGCACCCCUUAUCUUCGCCUGUCUGAUCGCCAUGGCAAAUUACGCCAUUUACAUGGCUACAAUCGACUACAUGGUCGCAGCCUACGGUCCAUACAGUGCCUCCGCCACUGGAGGAAAUGGAUUUGCGAGAGAUUUCCUCGCGGGUAUUGCUACCAUGUACUCAACGCCGAUGUACCAGAACAUGGGAAGCACACAUAGUUUGCAGUGGGCUAGCACGUUGCUGGGAUGCGUUGGCUUCUUGGUCAUGAUUCCGAUUUAUGUCUUUUAUUGGAAGGGUCCUGAAAUCCGGAAGAAGAGUAAAUUCGCGCAGGAGCUUGAGGCUGAUCGUGUGCGGCAUGGAGAGACUCGCAGAGCGAGCUCGUUUGCUGCUUCCCAUGCUGGGCAACCCUAG